GGCGUCUUACUGUGAACUUUUAGUUUCUUGACAUCUAUUUGGAUUUUAUGGAGUAAAGAUUGAUCUAUUAACAUAGGCCACCAGUAAACUGCUUUCCACCAGUACAAAUCUGUGUGUUGGUAGAAACUCUCCUCUUGUUGGUCACAUAUCAAUUAUCCCACCCUGUGUAAUGUGUGAGUGUGAUUCUGAGACGCGGAGGUUUUGACAGAUGCUGAUCAGAGACGCAGCAGGUGACGCACAGAAAUAAGACCUCAUAAGGUCCAGAGGAGAAUUUAUGUGGCGGAAAGAUGAAAACCUCUGUAAGGGGAGACAUGUGGACAGGUGGACGGAAUAAAUCUGCGAGGGAAAAAUUGUUUGGUACUUGUGGAAGAUCUCUUGCUGCUGUUCAGAAGAGCCGGGACAGAUUUAUACUGGUGACCACUCGGUGACACUUUCCUCUGUGCAGGAGAAAACAUUUAGCAAACACGAGACCAAAAAACUGGAGGUUAGAACGCAACAUGUUGUUGAAGAGUCUGAGCUGAUCCGUCUUCCUGAAAAAAGCUCAACCAAAAUGGAGAUUUUCUGUGUGUGUUUGUUUCUGAAGCUGCUCCUGAUGUCCGCUGCUGCCAGGGGCCCCCCCAGGGUGUCGGAGCAGGUCGCCCACCGUCAGAGCAUCCGCAUCGGCCGCACCAUGAAGCUGCCCUGUCCCGUGGAGGGCGACCCCCCGCCGCUCAUCAUGUGGACCAAAGACGGCCGCAACAUCCACAGCGGCUGGACGCGGUUCCGGGUGCUGCAGCACGGCCUGCGGAUCAAAGAGGUGGAGACGGAGGACGCGGGGACUUACGUCUGCAAGGCCAUCAACGGCUUCGGCAGCGUGAACAUCAACUACACGCUCAUCAUCAUCGAUGACUCCGGCUCGAGAGGCGGAGCGGGGACGGCCAAUGGCGACGCCGAACACGCCCCGGAGCUUGCUGGGAAACUGGUGCGUCCACGUUUCACCCAGCCGGCAAAGAUGAGGAAGCGUGUCAUCGCUCGCCCGGUGGGCAGCUCGGUGCGUCUGAAGUGCACGGCCAGCGGGAACCCUCGGCCCGACAUCGUCUGGCUGAAGGACAGUCGGCCGCUGGCGGAAGAAGACGACGGAAAAGACGGGAAGAAGAAGAGGUGGACUCUGAGUUUGAAGAACCUGACCCCGGAGCACAGCGGCAAAUACACCUGCCACGUCUCCAACCGAGCAGGAGCGAUCAACGCCACCUACAAAGUGGAAGUCAUACAGCGUACCAACUCUAAACCCGUCCUGACCGGCACUCACCCUGUCAACACCACCGUGGACUACGGAGGAACCACGUCCUUCCAGUGUAAAGUCCACAGUGACGUCAAGCCGGUCAUCCAGUGGCUUAAAAGAGUCGAGCCCGGUGACGAGAACAAGUUCAACACCACCAUAGAGGUUGGAGACCAUCGCUUUGUGGUCCUGCCGACAGGAGAGGUGUGGUCGCGCCCCGAUGGCUCUUACCUCAACAAGCUGCUGAUAACCAGAGCCAAGGAGGAGGACGCCGGCAUGUACAUCUGCCUGGGAGCCAACACCAUGGGCUACAGCUUCAGGAGCGCUUACCUGACGGUGCUACCAGAUCUGAAGCCCCAAAUCAGCUCUCUCCCCACAGCGACCUCCCCAGGCCUCCCCUGGCCCGUCAUUAUUGGAAUACCUGCAGGCGUCGCCUUCAUCUUAGGCACCGCCCUCCUCUGGUUCUGCCAAUCAAAACGCACCUGCUCCUCCUCUUCCUCCUCCCCGUCUUCCUCCUCCGCUCUGCCCGCCGCCCAGCGUCUACCGGCGGCCAAUCGCGAUCGAGCGUGCCCGACGCUGCCCCCCCAGCCGGCCAACGGGGAUAAAGAUUCUGUUUCUUACGAGGACUACGUCGCCCAUCAGCAGCUGCUCCAGGCUCAGGGGGGGGCCCCGGCGGCUCCGAAGGUCUACCCGAAGAUCUACACGGAUAUUCACACGCACACGCACUCGCACGUGGACGGGAAAGUGCACCAGCACCAGCACAUUCACUACCAGUGUUAGCAGCGAGGCUACGGCAGCGAGCGUUGGGUGUUUUUCGUUACAGUGCACGUAGACUCACAACAGUCCACACUAACUGCUGACUAUACAGAAAAAAAACACACAGAGAGCAAAGAGACCGUGAGGAAGAAACACGGGAUCAUUUCUCCCUCACUUUGCUGCAGCCGUGGACUCGACACACAAAACGAUGAAGAAUGUAAAGAGAGAGAACACAAAGAUCUUUAUUUUUGAACCACGUCAUCGCAGAGAAAGAACCCAAAGAACCUGUUUGAAUCAAGCCUCCUGUGGAAUGGAACCUCCUGUGUAAAUGUGUAAAUCUCUCACCGGGUUGCUCACAGGCCUCGUGAAGCAACUGGGAACUCACCGUUUUUUAACAGCAAACCAGCAAUUUAUCUGCCUCUGUUCUUUCAGUACAACCACAACCUCCUCGGUAUGAACACAGCUCACUGUUCACUACCAGCCUCCAAAUAUAGCUACUCGUGUAUAUAGUGGAAUAUGAUUAUACGGCUUCUAGCAUGCUACGUCGUUCCUGGAUCAUCUAUAAAGAACAUAUAGCAUGUGUGUAAUGUAAUAGCGUAACUUCAGAGUAUAUCGGCCCGACUGAGCCAUAAGAACCAGGACUGGAGACUGACUCCCCCGAGCCGGCACCUCCAGCAGAGAUCAGGCCCACCGGGGUUUCCUUCAGGCCGACAGCUGUUCUCAUAAGUGUUCCAGCUUCUAUCUGCUGGAAAAGAGCUGAUUUCAAUCUCUCCACAGCUACGAUGGGAUUUCUGCUAAACCCGGGGACCCCCUCUCCCGACAGGGGUUGCGGAAGUAAUCAUUAGAUCUCUCCAGACUCUCGAUAAGUCCUUUCCGCCCCCUUUUCUCUACUUCCUGCAGAAUGGUGGCAUUUCCUGUUUGCAUUGUGUUUGAUGCUUGCAGACUUGCGAGAGGGGUUGAGGGAUAUCGGCUCUCGUCGUGUCUUAGGCACAAAGGGAUCAUCCACGAGGCCUCGGUGUAGAAACGCUGCCUCCGGAGAAUUGCUUCCAGAUUUCACGGCUCACGCUCGGCUCUGCGGAUAAAUCACAGGUCCUUGUUAAUCUGCUAUAUGGUUUAGAGGGCUUGAAAAAAAGAAAAGCGACUUAAACUAUGUAACUCGAGGAUGAGACUUGCAAACGUCAUCUCUUCAGGCACCUCACAGGUCGACCUGUUGUCUGUCAACCCUGAUUCAUAACAUGGAAAAAGUCACUUAAAGAUACUUUAAGGGUCAAAUAAUACAUUUCAACUGGUAACUGAAUGGAAAACCAAUAUCUGUAUCAUUACACCGAGUGUCUUCACAUUUCAUAAACCUGUGUGGCACAUUUUUUAUCCAGUCGU